UUGAUUUUUUUAAACAAAUAGUUUAGAGUCCCGCCCCCCACACGUCCCUGGAGCGUAUCGAAUUUUUAUGAAACCUCUCAUGGAGCCAUAAAUUCCAUUAGAGUGUCGAUUACCUCUGCGGCGGGUUUAAUAUUCGGGACAUCAAAGUGAUUAUACCUACCCGAUACCUAGAGCUGAGGCGAUAAUGGAACAACAACACACUUUCAGCUUUUUAAUAUCCUGCGGGGAUAUUAGGUACAAUGUCUGAAUUUCUUAAAGGUAAAAUUUAAACACAACACAAAUAUCUAUUCUAGUGUAUGUAUAUUAUAGCACAAAGUUUUAAAAUAAACAAAUAGAUAAUAUGUACCUCUAAUUCUAUACUCUACCUAUCAAACGCUCCACGGUUUCACUCGAAAAGUCACCGUUCCUGUGGGAAUAUGGGGAGAAAAUAAAGCCUAUCAGACUUACAAAUAACGUGGGUUUCUAAUUGGUAAAGGACUUUUCAAAGUCAAUUCAGUAGAUCCAGAGAUUACUCCAUACAAUCUCAAAAAGUCUCAAACUUGCCUUUAUAAUGUUUGAGGAAACUUUAAAGAACAGACUGGAUUACAUACAAAGAUUUACCAUCUAAUGAACAAACUUCAACUUUCGCUUUAUAUUAUAUAGAUCUAGUUUCAGGAACUUCAAAAACAUUUAAAAACGGAAAUUUAGUAAACAACAAUAAAGUAAUAUACUUAAAUGAAGCCAGUAGCGCCAAAAUUCACCAAAUAACUUUAUACGCAGACUGUCAGAAAUCUUUAAGCACAUACUCGUAUACCAAAGGGCACACAGACGUACCACAGAUUACCGUAGAGAGUUUAAAAUCCCUCAGUCGAGACUUCUCAACAAAGGGUUCUCAAAUGAGACUACAAGCAAAUACUUUGGUCAAUAACAUCGACAAUAAUAUUAACCGUGAGCCAGAAACCUAAAAUAAAGAACUUAACUAGAUAAGUCACCGUCUUCAACGAAGUACGUUGUAAAAUAACCAUAACAAGCGACAACAGCGCUAGAAAUAUCACAACGAUACAAUUUUACGACAGACAGACAAAGCGCUUUGUGACGCUUCAGCGGUGAUAAAGAGAUACGCAAACGACACGGUGACAUUCGUGGAGGGCGCGGAAGGCUUUACUACUUCCGGCAAGAUGGCGGACUUCGUCGGGCGGCGCAGGAAACUCCACGUCCACAGAUAAAACACCUUCCAGACAGCGUUCGGAGGGCGACACAAGUUUGCCUGAACUAGGCAAUACAUUAUUCAGAAGCAGAAUUAAUUUUGUCGCUCCAAACAUUACAUUUGAAUUAAAUACUACGUAUUUCUUGGUGUAACUAUUCAAGAUCAAGCAGAAUCAAUUUACUCGAUCGAAACAUUACUUUCAUAGUCAUAGCUAUACAAAUCAACCUUUUUGCUGUAAUAUGUACCUACACCUUAUUGUAUAAACAAAUAAGUGGUCCAAAACAGCAAGCAAUUUUUCAAAGCCAUCUUGAUUAAAUAUACGUUAAGUGAGUAAAUAAAAUGUCUUGAUAUACAAAAUGUCCAGUGAUUAUUAUUUUACGAAAUGGAAGAACAUCUUAGCAAGUUUAGAAAGUUUAACUCAACUUGAUCUUGAAUAUCAGGAAACCAAAACCCAUGACCAGCACCGGUGUCAAGCCUCUCACCGUUUAUCCGGUAUACUUGGGCGGUACAUAGCGUGUUACAAUGACGCAUCAGACUGCCUGACACAUAACCUGCAAGUACAGAAGACAGCAUACAUGGACGAUGUAGUGAAGUCAAUAGUUGGCAGAAUUUUGGAAUUGAAGAAUCAGUUACGAAAGCUAGAAGGUGCUUACUAUCAAUUUUUAAAUAGUGGGUUAAUUGAACAUAAGCUAACUCCAAUUGAUGCAGAAUUUUCUGAUAUACCUACAAAAUAUGAGAGAUCUGAAACUAUAAAUGAAGCAGUAAUCAAAGCUUUUGAGAAAGCUAUGAAAUUAAAAAUUAAUAAUGAAGGUAAGACAAAAGACAUUUUUAUAAAAGGAGAUCCAAUAAAAGAGCUUGACGUGUUAGAAAACUUAGAAGAAGAAAAGUGGUGGGAGGAUACGGUAAAAAUGGUAAACAAAAAACCUGAAAGACUAGACAUGGCUAAAAUCUAUGAAGUAAAACAGAAAAUAUCAGAAGAAACUUUAAAGAGCAAACAAAAAAUAGCAAUGAUUCAAGCACACGAAAAAACUAGACAAGUAACACAAAUGGUUAUUAGUCAAAUACAAACAAGAGAAAGGUGGAAAAAGGAACUUCAAGGUACUCUUAAUCCACCAGCAAGAACUGAGAUGAGGGAAAGAGGAGCAAAGCUUAUUCAAAAAGUUAUUAGAUUUUACUUUGAACUUAAAAGAAAAAAGUUUAAGGAUUGCAAAAGAGAUGAGUUAUUGCAAUUGAGGUUAUGCAAUAGACCAUCUCGUUAUGAAACUUUAAAAGGCACAGAGGUAACUACUACGAAAUGUAAGUACAAAAUGUAUGGCUCACAAAGAAAACUGUAUUGUGAAGAAUUUAAGAAAAAUUAUAUAAAGAAAUAUCAUGAGGAUAUAGCUGAGAACGCAAGAGAUCACAUUCGGAACUGGUUUCAGAUAUGGUACAAUGAAGUUAAGUUUUUCUACGAUAUACCUAAAGAAAAUACAGGUGGAUCGACUUCAAUUAUAAAGGAAGAAGUUCCAUCACCUGCAGAAUGGAAAGAAAAAUAUGAGGCCUAUUUAAAGAAUAAGAAAGAAAAUAAAAAUAAAACGGCUGAGCAGCUAAAAUUUGAAAAACGAGUGGUCGAAGAAGAGAAAAAUAUUUUGAGAAGAGAAGAAUUGAAAAAGAGAAAGAUGGAAGCUGAACUGAUUAAGAAAAUGAUGAAAAACCCUGCACAUCAUCCAGGUUACCAAUAUCCACCUUCAAAAAAAACUGAACCGUUAAUACAGGCAAUCAAAAAAUACAAUCAAGAAUGGAACGCAGUGGAUAAUGAGGGACAUUUUCAUGCAAAAGAAAAUUUUAUAAAAAGUAUUGAUGACGAACAUAUUUGUAUGGAAGUUAAAUUAGAGAUCAAUAAAUUUGUCGACGUUGAUAUGAGAGAAGAAUUAAAGCGUCUAAAGCAUGCUUUGAAAGAAGAUUAUAAAAGAAUUGAAAAAGAAAUGCCCGAGCCUAUGACAGAAAAGAAAAAACGCAAAAAAAGGAAACGAAUAAGAAAAAUUAAAAUCAAUGAUGAUUUAGAUGACAAACUAACAGAUUUAGCAGUUAUUGACGUACUGAAAGAGUACCCCAGGAAAGAUUUCACCGACUUUUCAGGUGACACUAACUUUGCUGGAGACGAUAUCAGAUGCCUGCUUAGGCGAGCACAACAUUUCGCUGCGGAGACGAGGUCAGUGUGGUGGGAGAGAUGUCGGGCGAUGGUUCAUGGUUUCAGGCGCAUUCUGCUGGUGGGGCCCAGAGGCUGCGGGAAGAGCAGUUUAGUGCAUACCAUGGCAUAUGUUAAUGAUGCAAUAUUAUACGAACUGGAUCCUCAACAAGUGUCCGAAGAGGAUCAAACCACAGAGCACUUGCAACAGUUGGUGGGCGCCGUAGCAACGUGCGCUAAGGCGACGCAGCCUUCUGUGAUACACAUAAAAGAUAUCCACAAAUUCUACUACACCAAGAUUCCUCCUGACGAGAAGCAUGUAAAUUUAGAGCUAUUAAGAACAUUUUUUGUACGGAAGCUAUUUAAAAAGUUCCACCGUCAUGACAAUGUCAGUAUAAUCGGCACUUGCACAGAUCCUUGGUUGGCGAGAAGUAAGCUCAUGUUGAAGAAGUUCCCUGCCGUGUGUCUGCUGCCAGACACCAGUUACUCCGCUGUUCACCUCAUACUGAGCAAGUGGGUUUUGAACAACCGUAUAGUGCCAGCAGACUUGGACAUUCACAGUUUGGCACACGUCCUGCAGGGAUACAGUUACGGAUACCUUGUCAAAACUUUGGACGAUUUCUUGACAGCUGACAGAAUUGUAAGAAUAGCUGCUCAUGGUUUGACCCCUCAAACUGUUUACGAAUACAUCAUAGAAGAUAGCAGAGAAACCAAAGUUGACUACCAAAAAUACAUCAAAUGGUACACAGAAAAGACACGUUGGGGAAAAAUUGAGAGUCAACAACUACAAGAAGAUCAAGAAUUUAGGGCGCUGGUCGAACAGUGGAAGCAGAAAAUGCAGAAGAAAAAGAAACUGGCCGAAAAUAAAAUUCUCUAGUAACUAGUAGUUUGUUAUUUCUCACUUUUCUUUGAACAAACUAACUGCCUAAGAUGUUAGUGCGCUUUGGAAUGAGGUCAUUUUAACCCAUGCCCUAAUUCAGUUUGUACAUAUCAUCCCAUGGUGGACAAUUCCCUUUGCCGUUAGUAGUAAUCAUCUAGAACCAAAACAGACUGAAGCCAUAAGGGUCCCACG